AUGAGUGAGAGCGUGGAACAUGGAACUGGUGAACAGAGAGAUUAUAUGGAGACAAUGGCCGUGGACGUGAGAGUCGAACCAAAGGGUAUCCAGGGUUCCGACGUGAUGACGACGCUAGACAUGGACGACUUUUUUGACGAGGGAAAAAGAGGUCGUGACGAAGUCCGCGGUUGUUCUGAUGGGAACCACCCACCGAUGGAGGACAAAGUGACUAACGGUUCUGAAAUAAAGGAAGCGUCCCAUGGUGGAGAAGAAAACAAAAGUCAGACGUCACAAUCCUCCAUGAAUGAUAAUAAGGAAAGGACCAAGCGAGUGUUGCGUAAACGCAAGUCUCCGCAUGGCGACCGCUCUACUCCUGUCAUUACUAAGAUGCGUCCUCGUCGAUCUGCUCGACUUAUGGAAAAGCGACUUAGAAAGGUCAACCACUAG